CAAAACAAAAAUAUCUUUUUUUUUUUUUAAUAUUUUCGGUAAGAACAGAAGAGAAAGCUCAACAGCCAAACGCAAAUAAUUUGAUUUAAUCUUUUAAGCAAGCGAUAAUCGGAGCUGACUUGCUGCUUCUGCAAUUGUAUCUCUUCUUCAAUGGCUUCGGUGCCUCUUUUCUCUCUCUGCUUGCCUCAUGGGAAGUUGUCUCCUCUCAGUUUCAGCUAUGGAAUUUCUGAUAAUUUGAGGUCUGCUUCGGCUUCUGUUGGAUUUAGCUCCGUCAAGAAGAAUCGAGGAUUUAGGGUUUCUGUUUGUAGAGCAGCUUCUGUUGUGUUUCGUGAUCUUGAUGCUGAUGAUUUUAGGCAUCCGCUUGACAAACAGAACACGCUGCUCUUGAGGGCAAUUCCAGGAUUAAAUGAACUAGGGAAGGCUCUUUUGGGAUCUAUGACAGAGCAAAUCAUGCUUCUUGAGAAUAUUGGGACGUCAGUCCUUGUCUCUAAAACUCAGCUUAGUGAACUUCAUCAGUUGAUGACUGAGGCUGCAGAAAUACUGAACCUUGAGGCUCCUGAUCUUUAUGUACGCCAAAGUCCUGUACCAAAUGCAUAUACUUUAGCAAUUAGUGGGAAAAAGCCCUUUGUUGUUGUCCAUACCAGUCUAGUGGAGCUUUUGACACGAAAGGAGUUGCAGGCUGUUCUGGCCCAUGAGCUGGGUCAUUUGAAAUGCGAUCAUGGCGUAUGGCUCACAUUUGCCAAUAUUCUUACUCUUGGAGCCUAUACUGUACCUGGACUUGGCAGGUUGAUAGCUCAGAGCUUGGAAGAACAGUUAUUUCGUUGGCUGCGAGCAGCAGAGCUGACUUGUGAUCGUGCAGCCCUUCUUGUUGCCCAAGACCCCAAGGUGGUCAUCUCUGUUUUGAUGAAAUUAGCUGGGGGAAGCCCAUCAAUUGCUGAUCAACUAAAUGUGGAUGCAUUCUUGGAACAAGCUCGCUCUUAUGACAGAGCUUCUUCAAGUCCAGUAGGGUGGUACAUAAGAAAUGCUCAAACGAGGCAACUUUCACACCCUCUGCCUGUUCUACGUGCUCGUGAAAUUGAUGAAUGGUCGAGAAGUCAAGAAUACAGAACUCUUCUAAAACGUGCAAUACAGAUGAAUGCUGUACAGAAUGUUUAGCUUAGCCAUGGAGAUAGUUCAAGUCUGGACAAAGUGUAGGUGUUGUUAUAUAUUUUCUUUUCAAGGCAUCACAACAGGGAACUGGAGAUGGAAGGAGGAUCCAUUAUAGCAUUUGCAUCUGCCAAAACAUCCUGAUUCAUCUCAGUGCUAUAAAAUGACAGUAACAGAAUCAUAUGUUGGAUUAUUGUAAAUCAACCUUGCCUAUGUAUAAAAGAAAUAACAACUUAGCCUUAAUCCCAAACUAGUUGGGGUCAGCUAUAAAAGAAAGAUUAGAAAAAAUAUCAUAGUUUAUUUUCUUGUACUAUGAGAUUGAACUGCUUGAUUCUUGCUCAACACUCUUAUCGCAAUGUACGGUAAUUAUAUUGAUAUA